UGCUGCUAUGACAGCAUUGAAGCUGAGCAGCGGUGCGGGUCGGUCCGGUGGGUGCUGCGUGCUAGCCCUGCAGAGAUUCCCAUCCACUCACUAUCCACAGCGAAGCGGAAAUGUCAGCAGCGUCGCGGAAAGGCAACUCGACAGCAGCUGGUACCGGAAGGAGAAAACAACCCGGUAAAGCUAGUGCCACUGCACCUGCUGCUGCUGUUGUUCCAGCAAGAGCAGCAGCAGCAACAGCAACAUCAACAUCCCCUGCGAGACGACGGGACCAGCCUCUUGAUGCUCCAGGAUGGCAGGAGGUCGCGAGUCGAAGAAAAACUCGUCAUCCCUCCAGUACGAGGGAGCAGUUUCAGGAGCAGCAGGAGCAGCAGCAGCAACGGAAUCGAGGAGCAUCCAAAUCGACCAAGCCAAACGGAAGCAUCACUACCACCGGCAAGAACAAUAACACGGCCGUCACCGCUGGGCAGAAAGCGGGCGGCAACAAAGGCGGUACCGCCAGGCGCAACGGCCCACAGCAGGCAGCAGCGGCAGCUGGGAGGCACAAGCAUACGCUCUUCGACCACCUCUCGACGAACAACAGCAGCAUUGUUGCUGCUCCGGCGGCGGUUGCUUCUCGGCAACUGUUGGGCGGUGAAAGUAGCUCAGCAGCGCACCCAUGUCAACAACCAAGGAUACCGCCGCCACGGCGGUCUGCCUCCUCGACCCCGAAAUACUACCGCAGUAGCCGGGAUCCGCAGCCGUGGCGGGGGGUCUCAUCCGGCGAUGCCGCUGAAAACUCCCAGCAGUCACGACAUCGAGGCGAUGCUAUAGCUGACGGCGGUGGGCGGCUCAAGGGAGCGGUACAAAGCUCACCAUCACGCGGGACCAGACGAAGCGGCCCCUACGCGCAGGGUAGGGCGAUGCCCAAGAACGGGAACAUCCCGAAGCCGGGAAAGCAGCGCCUCGGUCCUCACAAGAAGAAGCUAUCCACGUUAAAGAAGAAGAUUUUGUUGGAUAGGUUAGAGAGGUGGAGAGACAAGCAGCACGGGGGGGGGCUGUCGAAUCCUUCUGCUACUGCUGCUUCCGAGGAAGCAAAGUGUAGCAACCUUUUCCCUCUCUGUCCUCCGGGAGGGUUGUCACCUCCACCGUCGCCGCCGGCAACAAUCUGUCCGGCUGUCGUCGACAAGUCCACGAGCUACGGUCAGGUUGGAGGUGGCAUUGGCGAGAGAAAUGUGUGGGCAAUCACGAUUUACAACCUUGUGGACGAGGAGGAUGUUGAAGACGACGACGACCACGCGGAGAUAGAGCGAGAUUUAUGGGACAUGUCUUCGGCAUUCGGCGUCGUGCGCAGCGUACAGGUCCCGCGCGGCACCACCGUACAGGUUAGCGACGCCCAGGUGUCUGCGGCAGCGACUGCGGGGGAGCCGGCGGCUGUAGCGGCGAAGGUGGCAUUUGCAACGAACGCCGAGGCCGAAUGCGCGAGAGACGAGCUGAACGGCCGAAUUGUAGGCGGGAAACCCUUGCUUGUCAGAAGACACCGCUGUGAUGGCGACUUCGGCGGCGGCAUUUGCCCUGGUGACCCCGACGGCAGUGGCUUGUGGCGGGUUGCCAUCGAAAAUUUGAUUGACGAGGAGGACGACCUGGAUGACGAAGAUGAGUACGCCGAGAUCUCCGCCAACGUUUCGACCAUGAUGGGGUGUUACGGAAAGCUCGUGGAUGUCCAGGUACGGAGGAGCAGCCCAAGUGAAGGCGAAGCACAAGAAGAUGUCGCAACAAGGGCGGCGACAACGGCAGGAGCUACACAGGCGGUCGUGGUUACGUUCGGAUCUCUGGCAGAGGCAGAGGCGUGCGUCCAGGGGAUAAAAGGGUGCCGUGUGGGAGGGAAAGAGCUUGACGCCCACGUUGUUCACGAUUCGGAGCGAGUCCUCCCUCCGAGUCCAGUACUCAAGUGUGACGACCAAGAGCAUGCCCGCCAAUCGGACGUUGCCAUAGCCGUAGCCGGCCAGGGCGAGUCGGCGAUGAAAAAAGAAGCAGGGAUGGAACGGCCACCAUGUGUUGACCAAACCACCGCCGCUGCAGUUGCAAGCAGCACCGAAUGGUACGUGGUCAUCCGAGGACUGAUCGACGAAGACGACCUGCAGGACGACGAUGACGACUACGCCGAGGUGUGCUCAGAUGUGACCGGCUUGGUGAGCAGUUAUGGAGCAGUGGUCGGGCUUGACAUUCCCCGUGGGCGAGAAACGGGCAUCUGCUGCUAUGGAGCUGAGCCGGGAGAGGCCGUGGUCGCGUUUAGGUCCCUUCAGGAAGCUGAAGCAUGUGCACGGGGGCUGAGCGGACGGAAGGUAGCCGGGAACAUCCUCGACGCUCAAGUCUUGACGCAACCAACGCCGUCGCAACAGGGAACGCUGCAGGGGGGGGCAAGUGGUACCGACCCUCCUGUUGUCCACAGAGAAUGGAAGCCGGCAAAGGGAUGCACGCUCCCACAACAGCAGUCCAUGGCAACACCUCCAAGCCACCAAUUAUGUGGCAAGGUUGCAGAGCUUCAUGUCUCUGGGCCGGGAUUGCUGGGAGGCAUCGGAAACAGCGGAGAGGAUGACCGCGGGCGCCCCAAGAUCUCCUUUACUGAUUCGGAUGAACCACAGGCAACUGCCGCAGCGGCGCCGCCGGCGCAUUCCAUCGAAGGGCCGAAGACUGCGGCUCUCGCCAAAGCGGGGAAGAGGAUACCGAUGAAGUACCAGGAGGCAGCAGCGCUCCCGAAACCUCCAGGCAUAAGCGGUGGCGGUUCGCCCAACGCGUACGUGCACCAGCCUCCAGACAAAGAGGCCAACGAUCUGGUCUUCGAAAUGCUACAACUCCUGUUCAAGUUUCAGGAACGUGCCCGUCUUUCGGACCCGGCCAAGGCGAAAACCAGGCGACGACUAGUCAUAGGGCUGCGAGAGGUGCUACGUGGCGUGAAGGCGAAAAAGGUGCGCCUUCUCAUCGUCGCGCCCAACGUGGACGCCGUUGGGGGAGAAGGAGGGCUGGACGACAAGGUGGUCGAGAUCAUCGACAAGGCCCGGGAGGAAGAAACCCCGGUCGUGUUCGCCCUGUCCAAGCGCAAGAUUGGCAAGGCGCUUGGGAAAACCAUCAAGGUCAGCGCGGUAGGCGUUUACAGCUUCGACGGUGCCAAUGAGCAGCAGAAGCAGCUGAAACGCCGAAUGGAGACCAUCAGCUCGCUACCGUCGCCAGCCCCACGGCAAACUGACCCGCCGACAGACGAUGCGUUGGCGUCACCACCGAGUUCUUCCGCGUGUGGCGAUUCACAGGACCCAGCAAGGAAAGUGUGAUGGUUCGAUUUCCCUCACAUCUGCUGUCAUGCAUUCCUGCGCAUUUGCGCGUUUGUGGUACCUGGUAGCAGUAUUAUUCGUCGAGUCUCUUAGCGCUCGGACGCGAACUAACGGGAAACUCCCUAGGUUGAUGUUUCACCCUCAUAUUUUCCGUUUUGCGGUUGUGACCAAAUGACAGUUGCAGCUCAUCCUGGGUCUUGUUGGGUGAGCCUCUUUUGUCUGAAGUAGCGGGAACCCGACAUCGAUUUGCUUGUUUAUGUACAAGAGCUGUACAUGUGUUGUCACGUGAUGUGCUAUGGGAAGACCGAUCGGCCUUGGCCGACGCCCUUCUGUAUGUUGUCGGUUUGAAAAUUGUUUGUGGCCAUUUAUCUGGCGUUUGCGUAUCGGUACAGUAGUAGUUGUGACGCUGGUGGCUUAGGUUGCGCUGCCACCCCGGCCUGUUGCCGGGCAAGUUGCUCCAAUGCCGGACUAUUGCUGAUUGCUACGAUUAUUGUUGUUGUUGUUGUUGUUGUUGUUGUUGUUGUUGUUGUUGUCUUUUCACUCGGUAUACCGCUCUGACUACGUCGGACUGGUCAAGAAACGACGUUUCGUGGUCACAGCGAGACCACCAUAGGCACUUAUCGCGAAGUUUGAGACCCAGAAGAAUAUCACCAGUCAUGAGCAAGAAUUCUAGCUUCUAGCGUAAACAAAACAAGAUAGAUGACAACGCAAGGGAUUGAAACAAGC